AUGCCAUCAUUGGUCAAGCGACUGCGAUGGAUCUACAAGCAUGCAUGCAAGGACGCUUUCGAGUUGGAAAUGGACAUUGAAGAAGGAGAAAUACUGGGAGACGAGGUGUUGGCACUACACGCGGAGUGGAGAUCGACUUUGAGAACGUUCGAGGAGUCAAACGAGUAUUUGAUCUGCAAAUUCCAAACUCGGAGCAAUACAUCGCAAGAGUUACGUGCGAACAUCGUGCAGCUUCAGAAAUUGAAGCUUUCAGCUCGGUAUGGAGACAUGUUUGCCAUAGCAUGCAAGAUGGUUCGAAAUCGAGCCCAGGAAUCAAACUUGGCCGGAGCUCCCUUGCUCGAAGGUUAUUGGACAGAUAUCUCCCGAAGACUCAGACAGGAGCAACCGAAAUGGGAGUUGUUGAUGAAGACCAGGAAGCACGAAGAAGGCACCAUCACAUUGCAUCAGACGUUGCUUGAGGCAUGCAACGGUACUGGAUUCGAGCUCGACGAUAUCAUAACCAUCAUCUAUAUGUACUCCGACAGUAACGAGGAAAUGCACAGCAACCUCCUCCCCUUGGUCCAAGAUGUCUCACCCAUUUCAAUUGCCACAGAGCUCGACAACGGUUUGAACGAUCUGCCAGCAAUUAUACCACCCGGCAACCUCGAAUAUCUUCAGAUCCUGCAAACACUUAUCAAUGCCAUGAUCGACUCUUGGUUUGUGAAGUAUCUGGGAUUUGAAAAAAAGACUGAACGCUGGACACCUACGCCUGCUUUGAAUGAGCUUAUGGACUACGUCGCGGCUACGGAGUCAGACAUAAUGAAGCAACUAGAGAGGUACAAGAAGGCAGAAGUUGAAGUGAUAAAGACCUUCCGGAUGCGACUAGCCCCAGAAAAACUUGGGGUCGAAUUCAAGGAGGCAUACCAGAAGCUUGAAGAGAUGUCCGAGAUGGUCAUUGCACAGCCCGUGUCAAAGCGUGAAGCCUCUGCGAAUUACACUGUACAGGAGGCAAAAGCAAAGAGACAGAAAACUUUGUGGAAAAAGCUCACGACUACUACGCAUAAGCGCUAUCUCUUGGUAAUGAGUGGACGAAGGAGUUCGGUGGGAUGA